CGCGGAGCGGCUCGCAUCGCAUCGGCUCCGCUCGGCUCCGCUGGGCUCGCCCCGGCCGCAGGAUGCCGGGGCCCCGCGGGCUCUGCCUGCUCGCCCUGCUGCUGCUGGGCACCCCCGCGGCCCCGCGCCCAGACGGCGGAUCGGGGGCAGCGCUGGUGCCGGCCAGCCCAGACCCACUGGCUGUGGAUGAAUCCCUGGAGAAGAUGGGUGGCGGAGCUGCAGAGUUUGGGCACGGCACGGGUUUGACUGCUGGAGCUGAGGAUUUUGGGCAUGCUGUGGGUUCAGACCCUGGAGCUGGGGAGCUGGGGCAGGGCACUGCCCUCAACCUCCUGCCGGCCCCGGAGGACACCACGCCGCUCCUGCCUAUGGCCACCGCUGCCCCCAGACCUGAUGCCAAACAAACUUCCCCUGUCAAGAAAAAGCCACUGACUCCAAAGCAAGUCAACACGGGAAGGAAGCACCCAAGGCUGAAGCCCACCCCGGCAGGACCCCCUGGGACUGCCUCCCCACCCAGCCCACGGAGCUCCAGGCUCCCCACGGCCACCCCAGGGCCAGCAGAGGACACGGAGCAGAGCGCCCCAGAGCUGCCCUGGCUGGAGCAGGCCACCACCAGCCACCCCACGCUGCAGAUCUCCCCUUCCACCCUGCCCCCAGCCCUCCCCCAGCCCGUCCCUGGCAGCACGGGGGAUGCUGGAGAGGCUCCGACCGCGGCUCCCGUUAUCCCAACACACGGCACGGAGAGGGACGUGCACGGCUCCGCGCUGGAGGAGAGCCAGGAAACCACCACGUCCACCAUCAUCACCACCACCGUCACCACCACCGAGCCCACCCCGGUGCUCUGCAGCAUGAGCUUCCACGACCCUGAGGGCUACAUCGACUCCACGGAUUACCCCCCUCUGCCCCUGCACGGGUACCUGCAGUGCACCUACAACGUCACCGUCUACACCGGCUACGGCGUCGAGCUCCAGGUGAAGAGUGUGAACCUGUCAGACGGGGAGGUGCUGUCCAUCCGUGGCGUGGACGGCGAUGCCCUGGUGGUCUUGGCCAACCAGACCCUUCUGGUGGAAGGCCAGGUGAUCCGCAGCCCCACCAACACCAUCUCCGUCUACUUCCGCACCUUCCAGGACGACGUGGUGGGGACAUUCCAGCUCCACUACCAAGUGUUUAUGCUGAGCUGCAACUUCCCACGGAGACCCGACUUCGGAGACGUGACGGUGAUGGAUCUGCACUCGGGUGGCAUCGCUCACUUCCACUGCCACCUGGGCUACGAGCUGCAGGGCCCCCGCAUGCUGACCUGCAUCAACGCCUCCCGGCCACACUGGAGCAGCCCCGAGCCCAUCUGCUCAGCUCCCUGUGGAGGGACAGUCCACAAUGCCACCAUCGGCCGCGUGCUGUCCCCCAGCUACAGCGGGAACCAGUCUGGCAGCGUGUACUGCGUGUGGGCCAUCGGGGCCCCCCCGGGCCAGAAGCUGCACCUGCACUUCGAGAAGCUCCUGCUGACCGAGAAGGACAGGAUGGUGGUGUACAGCGGGGACACCAACCGCUCGGCCGUGCUCUACGACUCCCUGCGCGCCGACAGCGUCCCCUUCGAGGGCGUCAUCAGCGACGGCUCCUCCAUCAGGAUCGACUUCCUCGCCGAGGAGCCCGCGGCCGCCACCGCCUUCAACAUCCGCUUCGAAGCCUUUGAGCGGGGCCACUGCUACGAGCCCUACAUCCAGAAUGGGAAUUUCACCACCUCCGACCCCACCUACAACCUGGGCACCACCGUGGAGUUCACCUGUGACCCCGGGCACUCCCUGGAGCAGGGCCCUGCCGUCAUCGAGUGCAUCAACAUGAGGGACCCCUACUGGAACGACACAGAGCCGCUGUGCCGAGCCACGUGUGGAGGGGAGCUGAGUGCCGUGGCCGGGGUGAUCCUGUCCCCCAACUGGCCGGAGCCCUACACGGAGGGGGAGGAUUGCAUCUGGAGGAUCCACGUGGGCGAGGAGAAGCGGCUCUUCCUGGACAUCCAGCUCCUGAACAUCACCAACAGCGACAUCCUCACCAUCUACGACGGGGACGAGCUCUCCUCCCGCAUCCUGGGGCAGUACGUGGGCAGCAGCGGCCCCCAGAAGCUCUACUCCUCCAGCCCCGACCUCGCCAUCCAGUUCCACUCGGACCCUGCUGGGCUCAUCUUUGGCAAGGGGCAAGGAUUCAUCAUGAACUAUAUAGAGGUGUCCCGCAACGACUCCUGCUCUGACCUGCCCGAGAUCCAGAACGGCUGGAAGACCACGUCACACACAGAGCUGGUGAGGGGGGCCAAGAUCACCUACCAGUGUGACCCGGGCUACGACAUCGUGGGCAGCGACACCCUCACCUGCCAGUGGGACCUCAGCUGGAGCAGCGACCCCCCUUUCUGUGAAAAGAUUAUGUACUGCACGGACCCGGGGGAGGUGGAGCACUCCACACGCCUCAUCUCGGACCCGGUGCUGCUGGUGGGCACCACCAUCCAGUACACCUGCAACCCCGGCUUCGUGCUGGAGGGCAGCUCCCUGCUCACCUGCUACAGCCGCGAGACCGGGACCCCCAUCUGGACCUCGCGCCUCCCGCACUGCGUCUCUGAGGAGUCACUGGCCUGUGACAACCCAGGGCUGCCAGAAAAUGGGUACCAAAUUCUUUAUAAGCGCCUCUACCUGCCAGGAGAGUCCCUGACCUUCAUGUGCUAUGAAGGCUUUGAACUCAUGGGGGAGGUGACCAUCAAAUGCAUCCUGGGCCAGCCAUCCCACUGGAGUGGCCCCCUGCCCAUCUGCAAAGUGAACCAAGACAGCUUUGAACAUGCUCUCGAAGUAGCAGAAGCUGCUGCAGAGACGUCGCUCGAGGGGGGAAAUAUGGCCUUGGCCAUCUUCAUCCCGGUGCUGAUCAUCUCCCUGCUGCUGGGAGGAGCGUACAUCUAUCUCACCAGGUGUCGGUACUACUCCAGUCUCCGCCUGCCCCUCAUGUACUCCCACCCCUACAGCCAGAUCACGGUAGAAACGGAGUUUGACAACCCGAUUUAUGAGACAGGGGAAACACGAGAAUACGAGGUUUCGAUAUAAGGACAGCGGUAAGAGAGUCUCCAGCAGCGAACUUAAUGUGCUCUCAUAGAACUUCCUCAGUAACUAAUCCAGAGACCACGUGGAGUUUGGUUGGACCCCCGGACCUGCUGUUGUCUUUCCUUUUGCCUCUCUUUUGAAGAUUUUACUGUUUUCUUCACUGUAUUUAUUCUAUUUAAACUGCGAUAGGUGUGCUGCUCAGCCCUGGGCACAGGCAGCAGCUGGAGCCGGGGCAGAGCUGGGUCCUGGUGAGGCCAGGGGGGCACGGGGACACUGCUGUGUCCCCCUCCGUGGCAGAACGUCCCCCUCCGUGGCAGAACGUCCCCCUCCAUGGCAGAACGUCCCCCUCCAUGGCAGAAUGUCCCCCUCCAUGGCGGUGCAUCCCUCGGCGCUGCCCACACGGACGCAGGGGGAUUUUUGCGGUUCUGAUGUUGUUAAAAAUUAAAGAUGUCUCCAUUGCAAGAGCCUGCGGUUGAUUGCUGGGAGCUGAGGGUCCCCCAAAGACUCCCACCCUGCAGCUCCCGGCUCCCAGAGCGAGACCCUGCCCCGGGGGGCUCGGGGGGCACUGGCACAGGGACUGUCCUCGCUGCAGGGCUCAGGAGAGCAGGGACAGCCUGGCACACACGAGGUACGUGCUGCUUUCUUUUCCCACUUGGCUUAGGAUGUGGAGAGGCAGAACUCCGGGGUGAUGCUCAGUGGAGAAGCACCAACCCAGUGCCACCGAGCCGUCAGCCCAGCGCAGCUGGGAGCCCUGGAAGCCACCCUGGUGGCUCUCUGCCCUCUGCCCGUUGCUCCUCUCCAGCAGCAUUUCCCAUCACCCUGCCAGGAGCACCCCGAGGGUCGCUCUCUGCCCCCCGGCAGCAUCUCAGGGUAAGCAGGAUGGGCUGGGCUCCCUGGCUCCUGCUGCACCAGGGGUCUCGGCGGGCUGGGCUGUGCUGCCCACCCCUCACCUCCCGGAUCCACACCUGGCUGGGUCCCCCAGGCGGGCAGGGGAUGAAGGUGGAGGUGUUGGGAAGCAGAGGCAGGUGGGAUGUGUGGAGGCUUCAGCACAGGAGAUCCGUGGGGAGCAGAACAGGCAAAAAUCGGCCCCUCAGCCCCGCCUUUGCCAUCCCCUGCACUCCUUCACUGCAUCAGCCCUGCCAGAGCCGCACAGCGGUGGGGACACGGACCCCAAAGGGCCACCACUGUCCCCAUUGUGUCCCAGCCAGCCCCUGGGGAGGGCAGCGAAGCCACCGCCACGUCCUUGGCUGCUGGUGUCCUUCUUUUGUCCUUGUAGAGCAAUCGCAAGCGCGGGAGGCUGGGUGAGCUCGGGGUGGUUGGUGCAGCUCUGCGGUGUACAGCUGGGAUUUAGGGGUUUUCCUUUCAAAACAACGAAUGUGUGUUUGUAAUUUGUAACGGUUAAAAAAAAAAAAAAGAGGAGAAAAAAAAAAAAAAAAAAAAAAUGUGCCAAAAAAAAUGUACGAAGCAUUUCAUUUCCCUUCAUACAUGUCUGUUUUUAUAAGAACAAUGUGAAAAUUGCUGGGAUUAAAUAUUUUUGAACAUGAUAAAGUAGUUCCGUG